AUGUCCUCCCUUCCCUCCUCCUUCGACGUGGUCGUCAUCGGCACGGGCCUCACCGAGUCGGUGCUUGCAGCUGCGUGUGCACGCGCGGGGAAGUCCGUGCUCCACCUCGACGCAAACCUCUUCUACGGCGCACGGCACGCCACCUUCUCGCUGCGCGACUUCUCUGCGUGGCUGCGGGGCGAGGCGGCCGCGGGCGAAGCCGCGCAACGCAUGGACCCAUCCGCUGGCGCACCUCCCGGAGACGAGGUGGCCCAACCCGACUCCUCGCAGCCACUGCGAGUGACGCACACUCCCCACGCACCACGCCUCGUCUCCUACAUCUCCGGCGACGCCUCGGCGCCGCCGCCCGAGCUGCUCGACCGCUCCGCGCGCUUCAACAUCGACCUCUCCCCGUCGCUGAUCCGUGGCGGCGGGCCAAUGGUGGACGCGAUGCGCUCGUCGGGCGUCGCGUCGUACCUCGAGUUCCAUGGCGGCGGCGGUAGCAGCAGCGGCGGCGGUGGCGGCGGCGGUGGCGGCGCGACGCUUCGGCGCGUGCCUUGCAGUAAGGGCGACAUCUUCACCUCGCCGAUCCCGCUGCUGGAGAAGCGCAAGCUCAUGAAGUUCCUGCACACGCACGCACGCACGCGCGCACGCGCGCACGCACGCACGCACGCACGCACGCACGCACGCACGCACGCACAACGCAGAGCCUCUUUCCUGCAGGCGAGCCGGCUCUCGCCGGCCCUCCGCGACAUGGCCGCCUACGCCAUCGGCGGCCUGACCGCUCGAGACGCAAUUGUCGCCGUGUGCCGCCACCUCCGCUCCCUCGGCUGCUACGGGCCCACCGCGUACCUGCUGCCGCUCUACGGCGCGUCGGAGCUGCCGCAGGCCUUCUGCCGGCUCUGCGCGGUGUGGGGCGGCACCUACAUGCUUGCGCAGCGUGCGCACGCCCUCCGCGUCGACGGCGGUCGCGCGGUGGCCGUAGAGGCGCACGGCGCCAGA